AUGCAUCGUUUUGUUGAAGCAAUGAUUAAUGUAUUGAUGGAAAGUGGUCGACGUUCUCAACGAUUUUCUUUACAAAAUACAUUAAUGGUAACAACAACACGUUGGUAUAAUAAUGAAAUAGCUUAUCUUCAUAAUCUAUGUGAUGAAAUUGUUAAAGAAAGACGAGAAAAUCCUAAUAAUGUUAAAGAUUUACUUAAUCGUAUGAUUCAUGGUAAAGAUCCUGAUAGUGGUUAUCAAUUAUCUGAUGAAAAUAUUCGUUAUCAAAUGUUAACAUUUUUAGUUGCCGGUCAUGAAACAACAUCUGGUCUACUUUCAUUUGCUUUAUAUUAUCUACUUAAAAAUCCACAUACAUUACAAAAAGCACAAGCAGAAGUUGAUCAAACUGAUGAAAUUAAAGUUGAUACAUUAAGUAAAUUAAAAUAUAUUGAUGCUAUAUUAAAAGAAACACUUCGAUUACAACCAACAGCACCAGGAUUUAUUUUACAAUCAAAAGAAGAUCAUGUCAUUUUACCUGAUGGAUAUGAAAUUCAAAAAGAUGAUACUAUUAUAGUACUUUUACAUAAAUUACAUCGUGAUCCAAAAAUAUGGGAUCGACCAGAAGAAUUUAUUCCUGAACGUAUGUUAAAUGCAGGAUAUGAAAAUCUUCCACCCAAUGCUUGGAAACCAUUUGGUAAUGGUCAACGUGCUUGUAUUGGUCGAUCAUUUGCCUGGCAAGAAAGUCUUCUAACUAUUGCACUUAUUCUUAAACAUUUUAAUCUAGAAUUUGUUGAUCCAUCUUAUAAUCUUCGUAUUAAACAAACAUUAACUAUUAAACCUGAAGGUUUUAAAAUACGUGUUCGAUCACGACAACAAGUUAAUAUUAUUUCAUUGGAGAAAAAUAUUAAACAAUUAGAGAAGAUGCCAGAAAAACAAUUGAAUCAAAAAAAUGAAACAAGAAAUCUUCGACCAAUGGCUAUUCUUUUUGGAAGUAAUUCUGGUUCAUGUCAAUCAUUUGCAGAAACAUUAGCAUCUGAAGCACCUUUAUAUGGUUACAAUGCAACGGUAGCUACUCUUGAUUCUGCUUUUGGUUCUCUUCCUAUUGAUCAACCUAUUAUUAUCAUUACAGCAUCAUAUGAAGGUAAACCAUGUGACAAUGCUAAACAAUUCGUUGCUUAUCUUGAAUCGAAACCAACAUUAGAUAUAAAUUAUGCUAUAUUUGGUGCUGGUCAUCAUGAUUGGGUAAAAACUUAUCAAAAAAUUCCAUUGUAUAUUGAUCAAUUAUUAGAAAAUGCUGGAGGUAAACGAAUUAUUGAACGUGGUGAAGGUGAUGCUGGUGGAGAUUUUUAUGGUGCAUUUGAAAAUUGGAAAGAAAAUCUUUUUCAAAUUUUACGAAAAGAUACUGGUGAAGAAAAUAUUAUUAGUGAAGAAAAACUUUCAAUUGAAAUUGUUAAUUCUAAAAGAAAUUUUGGACAAAUAACAAUGGAUAUUGGUAUUGUUCUUGAAAAUAAAAUUCUUGUUCAAGCAAAUAAUAUUAUACCAACAAUAAAACAUUUGGAAAUUAAACUUCCAAAAGGACAAACUUAUCAUACUGGAGAUUAUCUUGCAAUAUUACCAUCAAAUCCAAUUGAAAUUGUUUAUCGUGUUCUUAAAAGAUUUAAUUUAGCUACGGAUACUCAAGUAAGAAUUCUUUCAUCGACAAGUACUUUUUUUCCAACGAAUAAUCCAACUAGUGCAUUUGAUAUCUUAAGUGGUUAUGUAGAAUUAUCACAACCAAUUAGUAAAAAACAAGUCGAAAUUCUUGCAACAUUAUGCAAAAAUGAAAAAGAACAAAAACAACUUCAUAAUCUUAGUGGAAAUCUAUAUGAAACUGAAGUUUUGAAUAAACGUACUAGUAUAUUAGAUAUGCUUGAAUUAUAUCCUUCAUGUGAACUUUCAUUUGCACAAUAUCUUCGAAUGCUUCCAUCACUUCGUGUUCGACAAUAUAGUAUCUCUUCCACACCAUUAUGGAAUUCUGAAGUCGUUACAUUAACAGUUGAUAUACUGAAUACUCCUUCAUUAAGUGGAUCAGGACAAUAUCUUGGUGUAGCAUCAAAUUAUUUGGGAAAUUUAAAAGAAGGUGAUCGAAUAAGUUGUACUAUUCGAGCAAGUAAUGCUAGAUUUCAUCCACCAGAAGAUACAAAAAUACCAAUAGUGAUGAUUGCAGCUGGAACUGGUAUUGCACCAUUUCGUGGUUUUAUUCAAGAACGAGCAGCACAAUUAGUAUGUGGAAGAAAAGUUGGGCCAACAAUUCUUUAUUAUGGAUGUCGAUCUCAAGAUGAUAAUUUAUAUUUUGAUGAACUUGAUCAAUGGUCAAAACUUGGUGCUGUUAAAUUACGAAUUGUUUUCUCUCGUCAAUCGAAUAAUGAGAAAAAAUAUGUUCAAGAUUUGUUGUGGGAAGAUCGAAAUGAAAUUAAAAAUUUAUUUUGUAAUGGUGCACGUUUUUAUACAUGUGGAAGUGCAAAAAAAGUCGGUGCAUCAGUAAAAACAUGUUUUAUUAAGAUUAUUCAAGAUGUGAAACAAUGUGAUGAAGGGGAAGCAGCAAAGAUUUUAGAAGAAAUUUCUCAAGAUCGAUAUAGUGUUGAUGUUUUCACAUGA